AUGUCAAUCGACACUGAACAUCAGAACCCCACACAAACCACCGCAACUGCCGCUACCUCAGACCCGAAGGGUAAAAGCAAGCAGAAAGAAGUCGAUCCUUCUGUUCAUGAGGACAUGUCAGACUCUGGCGAAUCUGGGGUUGAUACACAGGACGAGUACCCUUUCGAACGAUUCCCUUCGCCACCAGGCGAUAAACCUCGCAAUGCACACGUCCCAAAUGCUACUGCUUCCCUCGAUCCGCCUCUCAUGGCGUUCACCUACCCUCCUCCAUCACCUCUCGCCCAUGACCCCUCGUGGUAUGCGCAGAUGGUUGCCGACGUUCAUCGGAACCGCGCUCAUGUCAACAAUGAACUUGAGCUUGCACGAACCGAGGCUGCCGAAGCUCUAGCCGAUGUCACUCUCGCAGAAAUCGAACUCAAGGCUGAGAGGGAUAGAAUGCAAGAUUUCCUGAACCGCCUGGGAUCCGUCGCUGGGAAGAACUUUGUACGCAAGAUGAUCAAGAAAGUCGAGCGUUCGCUGAAGACUCGCGAUAAAAACCUGGACGACCAAUAUGAGGAGGAACUGCAAGAGUCAGAUGAUGAGGAUGAGGAUGGCAGCGACGAGGGCGAACACCAAGAUACAGAAGAGGAGGAUCUUGGCGGCGGUGCCGGCGAGAGUGAGGAUGCCCCACAAGACGCAGAAGAUGAUGAAUAUGGCCGCAGCGGCGACGAUGGUUCUCGCGAAAGGUCUGAGUCUCCACCUGCGAGCUGCAGCCCCAGCAGCACAGACUGCCCCCAACAAUACCUCUAUAAGUCUGUCAGCGAUGGCGAAGCCAAUUCUCGGGAAAGCUCUAAGCCUCAGCCCGCAGAUGAGAGUCCUAGUUCCUCUUCCCAAGGGAUAUCGCAUCAGAUAAGUAGCCCCAACUGGCGUCGGGGUGACGUCACAGACGACGAGUAUUCCAGCGGCGAGGACAACACAUCUCGGAAAUGGACUGACUUGUCACCCGGGCAUAUGUGCCGCAAACGAAAUCUUGAAGUUGAGGAAGAGGAGGCCAACGGGCCUGAGGACUCACCUCGGAAAAAAUUCAAGGAAAGCCAUCCGUCAACGCUUGAAGACGUCAAACUUUUUCCACUUCCCACACGAUGCUUCUAUCCCCCAGAGAACAACAAGGAUAACACAAUCGAUCAAGACCAUGAUUCAGAUGAUGAGUAUGAGGUAGAGAAUUCUCUUACUCUAGAACAUGAACCCGUACAACAAAGGCCUUAUUUGCCUCAACUGAACCGAUUGGAGAGGGACCCGUUCAGGGUGCGCCAAAAUUCGCAGGGGGAACCCGAGUUGUAUGUUCCUGGCAGACGCGCUAUCGAACUCCCUUAG